AUGCUCGGGAAGGAGACACGAAAGAUCCAGGUGUACAACGGCAACAGCAGCGCAAAAGUCGCCAUUGCAUUGACCGAAUCGGAGGUGCUGUGUGGCUUUGUGGAGUAUCAAGAACUGGUGCAGAUUCUGGCCAGCACUCCAGAGCUGAGAUCGGUAAUUGGGGAGGCGACUGCUGCAGAACUUGGAGCAUCCAAGGCGGCAGUGAAUGCUGCCUUCUGUGCGCUGAUAAGUGCAGACAAAUCCACUGCGGCACCGGCCAUUCAGGCGCUGACAAAGCGGCUGCUGAGCGCUGAUUCACCGCUGACCACAAAGGAAAGGCUCGUGCUGCGGCUCAAUGAGCAGGGUCUGGCAAACGCCGGCAUCUUAUCAGCCUUUAUCCUGAACCAUGUCACCCUCAAGCCCAGUCAGGCCAUCUGUGUAGCGGCAAAUGUUCCAUAUGCAUAUGUGUCUGGUGAUCUGCUGGAAUGCAGUGACUCCUCCAGCACUGCAAAUGGCUUCGCACCCAAGCUCGGCGACGCAGCGGUGAUUCGCGAGUGGCUAACUCACAGCCAGGGGUCCCCCAAGAUCUUCAAGGGGACUGAGCCAUCCUCAAGCCGCCCUUGGACUGUCACUUACAACCCCCCCAUAGGCAAUUUUGAGAUUUUCAAUAUUAAUUUCCCCCAUUCAAUCAAAUUCAUCGGCCAGCGCGAGAGCAUUCGUCCCAGCAAGGUACCUCAGACACUGCAUGUGCAAGGAGGGCAGGGAAGAAUCUUUAAAAGGGAUCCUGUCAGGGCUAACAUGCACACCAAUGGGGACUGGCAGGAAUUGGAGCUCCACAAGGGAGCUCAUGCAUCCAAACAUUUCUCCCCGCCGGCCUGCUUUGCCACUGGUGUCACACCACUGGUGUGA